AUGAUGCGUCGCACGCUAUUACAUUCAUUCGCUACGCUGCUACUUUCUUUGUCGUUGUGGUCAGCUGCGGUCAUGGCAGCUGUGACAACUCAGGUUACAGUGGUAACAAAUGUCGCAGGGGCCCUGGUUACGGAGACCACAAUAUGGGACCCUGCCACCGCUGCUGCUGCUGCUACAACUACCGCUCAAACAGGUUUCUUCACUACGGUAUUCACUACCACUAACGAUGUCGGAACCACCGUCACUCUUACUCAGACAGUCAACAGAGCCACUAUGCUACCAACCACGACGACUUCUACCUCAUCUACUGGUAAGACAACCACCACUGUUCCUACCGCAACUUCAUCGUUGUCUUCGGGACUGUAUUUAUCUACAGUUACCACGACAAACGAUUUGGGUACCACAGUUACAUUGACUCAAACGUUCACACAUUCUAGCACCAGUGCUACUUCAUCCGCCUCCUCGUCUGUGUCCUCGUCUGUAUCUUCGUCUGGUUCAUCCUCCAGUGUAAAGACGACCACAUCGACAGGGAGCGCAGUAGCUGAAACAGGCACCAGGCCAGACCCCUCCACAGACUUCACAGAACCUCCUGUGUCUGCUGUCACUAGUCUAUCUAUUGACUCAUACAUUACCAUCACUGAAGGUACAACCUCCACUUACACAACCACACGUGCGCCAACGUCCAUGUGGGUCACUGUUGUUAGACAGGGCAACACUAUCACUGUGCAAACUACUUUUGUCCAGCGUUUCUCCUCCCAGUACGUAACAGUCGCUUCUCCCUCCGUGGGGUCUAUUGGGAUGGGUACUUUAACCGGUACUGUAGGCGUUAUUAAAUCUGCAAUAAAGAAAACAGUUUCGCAUAAUGAGGCCCAGCAUCUAGGUAUGAGUUCGUUUACUUCAAUUUUGGGUGGGCUAUUAACGGUUUUAAUUUGGUUCUUAUAA